ACGGGGCACCCGCGCUUUCCGGCGCAGUCGUGGCGCGAAGCAGCUGUCAUGGCGGAAGCGAUCUGGAGCACAGACACCGGGGAAGCCGUGUAUCGCUCCCGGGACCCCGUGCGCAACCUGCGCCUCCGAGUUCAUCUGCAAAGAAUCACAUCAAGCAACUUCCUUCAUUACCAGCCUGCUGCCCAGAUGGGGAAGGACCUCAUAGACUUGGCCACUUUUAGGCCCCCUCAAGCGGCUAGUGGACACCGCCCUGACGAAGAGGAGGAGGAAGAGGUGGUGAUUGGGUGGCAGGAGAAGCUCUUUAGCCAGUUCGAAGUCGACCUGUACCAAAACGAGUCCGCCUGUCAGAGUCCACUGGAUCAACAGUACCGCCAAGAGAUACUGAAGCUGGAGAGUUCCGGAGGCAGGAAAAACCGGCGCAUCUUCACCUACACCGACUCGGAUAGAUACACCGACUUGGAAGAGUACUGUCAGAAAAUAACCACUGCAGCCAGCGAGGCACCUUCCUUUUUGGUUGAGCGGAUGGCAAACGUCAGGCGGCGCCGGCAGGACAGGCGAGGGAUGGAGGGCAGCAAACUCAAGUCUCGCAUCAUCACGUGGGAACCCUCAGAAGACUUCGUCAGGAACAACCAUGCUAUUAACACGCCUCUUCAGACGAUGUACAUCAUGGCGGACUUGGGGCCCUAUGGAAAGCUUGGCUAUAAGACGCAUGAACACGUCCUCUGCGUUGUGAAGGUGGACAGCAAUGGCGUGAUUACAGUAAAGCCUGACCUCACGGGCAUCAAGGGACCCUACAGAAUCGAGACUGAGGGAGAGAAGCAGGAACACACUUCUGCAUGGAAGUACACAAUCCACAACGUGUCCUCCCUCGCACAGCCAGAGGAGGAAGAGCGGGAACAGCGCGUGUUCAAAGAUCUUUAUGGCCGCCACAAGGAGUACCUCAGCAGCCUCGUGGGCACAGACUUUGAGAUGACUGUCCCAGGUGCCCUGCGGCUCUUUGUAAACGGAGAGGUAGUUUCAGCCCAAGGCUAUGAGUAUGGCAAUCUCUACAUCCAUUUCUUUGUGGAACUGCCGGCUACGAACUGGUCAAGCCCGUCAUUCCAGCAGCUCUCGGGAGUAACCCAGACCUGUGCCACCAAGUCCCUGGGGAUGGACAAGGUGGCCUAUUUUUCCUACCCGUUCACAUUUGAAGCCUUCUUCCUCCAUGAGGACGAAUCCGCCGACGCCCUCCCGGAGUGGCCCGUGCUCUACUGUAAGGUUCUCUCACUGGACUUCUGGCAGAGGUAUCGUGUGGAAGGCUAUGGGGCCGUGGUGCUGCCUGCCACCCCAGGGUCACACACCCUGACCAUCUCCACGUGGAGGCCCAUGGAGCUAGGCCUCGUGGCGGAGCUAAGGAGGUUCUUCAUUGGAGGUUCCCUGGAGCUGGAGGACCCCUCCUAUGUGAGGAUACCAGGGACCUUCAAGGGGGAGCGCCUGAGCCGCUUUGGAUUCCGCACUGAGACGACAGGUAGUGUCACCUUCCGCUUGCACUGCCUACAGCAGUCCAGGGCUUUCAUGGAAUCAAACUCCUUCCGGAAACAGAUGCGGAGUGUGUUGGACCGUCUGGAAGGGUUCAGCCAACAGAGUUCCACACACAGUGUGCUAGAGGCCUUCCGACGAGCCCGGCGCCGCAUGCAGGAGGCGAGAGAGAGCCUCCCCCAGGACCUUGUGAGCCCCUCAGGGACGCUGGCCUAGCUCUCUGCAUUCCUGGCCUAUGGAGCUAGAG